AUGGCGAUGACGAACGGAUGCUUCCGUUGGAGUUGGGGCAACGGGGUCUUACCAAAGGUACCAAGGAGCUGGCUGGCAGAGACGCGGCUCAUCUUCAAGGCCGUCGACGGCUUCGGCCAGCAGAUCGCACUCAAAACUGUUGUCCAACAGGAGCAGAAGAAGUGGCUGAACCAGCAGAACCUCGGCCUCUUCUGGGAACCCACUCAGCCCACGGACCCUGCCGUAGCCAACACCAUCCCAGCGCUUUGA